CAACAUUAUUAUUGAACGGGAAGGUUGUGUCGCAUUCUCGUUUGGUUAAUGCGGGCAAUAAAAAGCGGCUAAAGUGAAUAAAACUUAAAAGUAACAUUUGCCGUGCAUAGCUUUUUAAAUUUAACUGCAAGCUAUAAUUAAUACUAUUUAAAUAUUUAAACGCUCCGGUUAAUGGAUGUGCCGCGCGCGUAUAACCUGCUAUCCAAUGUGACAAAGACCAAAACGAAUAAUCACGACUGCCGUUAAAUAAUUGUGCAUUAUUUAUACUCAAGUGCAUUAACUUGGCUGCCAUAGACAGUCAGUCAGAGAAGAAUACAUACAGACAAACAUAUCAACUGUAAACAAAGCGCAGGCCAAGACGCCCACGCUUUGUUUAUUGGAAGAGUGUAAGGCCCAGAGCCAGUUUACAGGAGCGACAUCGAGGCAAAAGGCAGUUCGCAGGAUGCUGCGUUUCACGCUACUUGGUCUGGCUGCGCUGCUCUGCGUCGUUGCUACGACACGCGCCGAGGUCUACACGGCGCUGGCGGAGAUGGAGGAACUGCUCGAGACUGAAUCCGUAUUAAUAAGCAAUCUGGAGAAAUAUAUACGCGCCCAGGAGGACAAGCUAAGCUACCUUAAGAACAAAAUGGACGAAUACCAAAGAGAGCACUCGGAUGCAGCUGGGGAUAUAACCGCCUACGUAUCGAACCCAAUUAAUGCGUAUCUGCUGACCAAGCGCCUGACCACAGAUUGGCGGCAAGUGGAGAAUCUAAUGGAGCACGAUGUGGGCUCGGAGUUUAUACAGAAUCUGACGCAAUACCGCAGCGUGCUCAAGUUUCCAUCGGACGAGGAUCUCAAUGGCGCGGCUGUGGCGCUGCUGCGUCUACAGGACACUUACCAGCUGGAUACGUCGAGUGUGGCACGUGGCAAGCUCAAUGGCAUACAGUACAGCACGGCCAUGAGUUCGGAUGACUGCUUCGAGCUGGGGCGGCAGUCGUAUGUGAAUCGGGACUACUACCAUACGGUGCUCUGGAUGAACGAGGCCAUGAGUCGCAUGCAGGAGGAGCCGCACAAUCAGACGAACAGUUUUACACGCGCCGAGGUGCUCGAGUAUUUGGCAUUCUCCACCUACAAACAAGGCAACGUGGAGAGCGCACUGACCAUGACCAACGAACUGCUGCAACUGCUGCCAAACCACGAGCGUGCAAAUGGCAACAAGAAAUUCUAUGAAAAGGAAAUUGCACAGCUCCAAGAGCUGCGCAAAAUGAAGGGCGACGACGGCAGCGAUGCAAUGCCCGUAUCCGACUUGCCUGUGACCAAGAGCGAUCCCAGCGUCUUCGACUUGACCGAGCGCAAGGCUUAUGAAAUGCUGUGCCGCGGUGAGCUGAAGCCCUCGGCGGCGGAGCUGCGUCCGCUGCGCUGUCGCUAUGUGACCAACAAUGUGCCGUUUUUGCGCCUGGGGCCGCUUAAGCUGGAGGAGGCCUUCAUGGAUCCCUACAUUGUCAUCUACCACGACGCGCUAUACGACAGCGAAAUCGAAGUGCUCAAGCGCAUGGCGCGUCCGCGCUUCCGCCGCGCCACAGUCCAGAACUCCAUAACAGGAGCGCUCGAGACUGCCAACUAUCGCAUCAGCAAGUCGGGCUGGCUGAAGACGCAUGAGCACAGUGUCAUUGGCACAGUGGUGCAGCGCACUCAAGACAUGACUGGACUGGACAUGGAGUCGGCCGAGGAGCUCCAGGUGGUCAACUACGGCAUAGGCGGGCACUAUGAGCCGCACUUUGAUUUCGCCAGACGUGAGGAGAAACGCGCCUUUGAGGGUCUCAAUCUGGGCAAUCGCAUAGCCACUGUGCUCUUCUAUAUGAGUGACGUGCAACAGGGUGGCGCCACAGUCUUCACUUCGCUGCGUACAGCGCUGUGGCCCAAAAAGGGCACGGCUGCCUUUUGGAUGAACUUGCACCGCUCGGGCGAAGGAGAUGUGCGCACACGUCAUGCGGCAUGCCCCGUGCUCACAGGCAGCAAAUGGGUCUCCAAUAAGUGGAUACAUGAGCGCGGCCAGGAGUUUCGUCGUCCCUGCGCGCUGGCUGCAGAUCAUGGUGACUUUGCCAUUUAGUGCGAGUGUGCAACAGCCUGUGGAAACUACUUAUCAUAGUUGGAAUCUGUGCUUACUUCGUUUACUUAUCUACUACGUCUAUAAACUUGGCCAGCCGAACAAACUUCUAUUGUACAUAGACGCAAAUGAACUGGACAUAUUCAACUCUGCUACCAAACUCAUAUGAUUAGUUAUUUUAUGUUAGGUCUGCCUAUUGAAUUUAAUACUUUUUUGUAUACUCUUAGUUUUAAAUAGAGCAAAAAUCGAAUGAUUGCAAUGCAUUUUGCAAUAAUAAAUAAGCGCGCUUAAGUGUUUGCCGAAGUGCGUGAUG